UGGGAUAAUUUGACAAGGUUUCUCUCUGACACGUAGCACGGCUUAAACUUGUAAUUCGCGGAAGCUGCCACAAAUGCGACGGAGAUUGCAUACAUGUCCAUGUUGGAAGGGCCCAGUCGCGAUAAAUGCGGUGUAUCUGUUGUGCGAUGCGCCUUAAGUGUGGGCUUUCAUAGACCUUGAUCCUGACGUCGACGAUCGAGGACGACUCGAAAGGUGUUUGCCCCUAAAAUACUUAUGUAACCGAGGACUCAGUGAUUGAGACCUUGCGCCCCUCCAUGCCUACUCCAGAGCAGGAAUUCGUACGCCUUCACGUCCAACCUUUUCAUGGUCGAGAUGACACUCCAGCUUCAGCCGCCUGGAUCCCUUGUCUCGAAAUACCCCUUCAUCGACUAUCCGAGUUCUCUUUAAAGCCCUACAGAUGGUUAUGUUACGCCGGCUACUGCAUCAUGGGCGCAGAGGGCAGCCUCUCGUUCGACCCGGAUUCUACGGAAUUCGAUUACGAUGCGCCUCUCCGUCCUUGCGACCUCUAUUACCACGCCCACGGUCCAAUAUUUCCUAUCGAUCCAGAUCUCGAAAACGCUAGUAAAACAAGCUAUUCAACCGGCCUUUCUGAUUCAUCCCCUCUCAAAACUUUGAUUCUCGAGCGUGAUGAAUCUUGUGUUGCCACGAAUAUAGAUGCUUCGUAUUGCCGUGCUGCUCAUUUAAUCGUGCAGAGCCAAGGUAGUCAGUACAUCAGAAUGUACACGGAGGGACGAAGCGGGGGAAAAGACGAGGACGUCAUUGAUGAUAUCGAUGAUCCACGAAACGGGCUGCUCGUCAAUGUGCUAUUACACGGGGUCCUUGGCCAGCGCGCUGCCAUUCUUCCGACCCCAAAUUUUAUAAUGAAGACAACACAUGUGGUUGACACUGAGACUACACCAGAUGCUCCUCGCUGGACGUUGCAUUUCUUUGUGGAACCUAAUACUCCCGGGACUCCAUAUGAAGCUAUCCCACCUGGUGGGGCCCUCCGCGUACCUCCUGAUGGUGAGCGUGAUACUUGGCCACCUCAAUGUCUGUUCGCAGCAGUCUACGCCUCGGCGCUGCUCACAACAUGGCCUGCGAAAGAUUUCUUGAAGCAGGUGAGAUCGUACUGGUCAAGUUCAUUCUAUCCGGGCGCGGAGCAGAGUCGCGAGGAGGCUGCGGAGCGUAAAGCGAGGGUUUAUUCUGAGAAGAGAGCGAGGCGGGACGGCGAGAUGGAUACAUUUGAUAUGCUUUUGAUAGUUUCACAGGCCCGUGCUCGCAAGGCCUUGGCAGCCAUGGACCGGGACCCUGUAUCUCAGCAAGAGUCUGCUCAAAAGGCGAAUGAUGAUGCACGAGGGAAGGUGCUUCCUUGGCUUCAAGGCAUUGAUUAGGUAGUGAUGAAAUAUUUGUACUGUAUUUCUGAUAAGUAUCUUUGACUGCUGUUUCGCGCUUAAAAAUAAUCUCGGCCUUUUCCUUCCAACAACACUUGGUAUCUUCGAUGUGUCUUUGACUACAAAUUUCCGUCAUCUUUAUGGAGCUUCCAACGA